AGCAUUAGCGUUGAUUGACGUGCGUGUCCUGGGACAAACGUCAGUACUUUGAAAUCUUCCACCGCGGAGUAAAUUAGUCCGGACCAGAGAGAGGAGCAGCAGAGGUGGCUCUCUGGGUUUGUGUGUGUCAAACUCGGCAGCGUUGACUUGUCUUUGUGUCUAAAUGUUGUUUUUAGCGCCACAGACCGUUUGGCUGUUGGAAGAGAGGGGGGACCAGUAGCACCACCACCACCACCAGCAGCAGGUGCAUAUGGAUGCCGAUAAAACUCGAGGCAAACUCCGCUCCCUCCGUGCUGUUUGAGUAAACGAGGGCGAAUCGGUUGAAAAGCUGAGUUGGUUGAUUUCUAGGAAAAGAGAGGUGUCAAAACGCGAGGAUGUAGCUCUGUCGCUUUCGGGAAUAGCGUGUUAAUCCCAGGAAAAGACAACGUCGUGUCCUCGGUUCCUCCGCACGCCAACAUGGAUAUAGUUAAAACUCAACGGCGACUUGAGACGGUGACUUUCUGACACUCAUGUUUGGACCGGGCUUUGUUUUUGCACUUCUGAGUGAAGACACAAGGCGAGUUACAGAGUGAAACUUCAGAGCAGAGACUUUCGGGGGAUCCCUGGAGGAGUAGAAGCCCCUCAAUGGAGAAGAAGAAGACGGUCAGUCAGCCCCCCUCUGCUGUGAACGGAACAGCCAAAGACCGAGUGGAGAGGUAAACGUUAACAAGCGUACGUUUGACUUGGACGGUAAUAUUAAAAAAUGUAACAUCGACUUUUUUACGACUUCAAAGUGAUCCAAUAAGAAAACUUAGUUGUAGCUAAUGACUUUAUCCCUCAUUAGUUCUAAAUUAGAAGCAUUAACUUACUAUUUUAAACUCUCAAGUCGUUAGCAUAGGGCCAACGGCUCCCAAUUUAGACGUGUUUACACUUAACAUAUCGCGAUAUUUGCUGUAUUUUUUUUCCCUACUUAAAAAGUUAAUUUUUGAUUCAAAGCUGGCAAUUAAAGAACCAUUUUAAGCACAAAGGAAGACUCCUAAUUAGGACUGGGCGAUUUGGCCAAAAAAAAGAUCACGAUAUAUUUUGUCAUAUCAAUUGAUUGCUUUGGUCGGGUGGCUGCGUCUCUAGUUGUUACUGCCUGCUAAUGCUACUGCCUGUUAGCAGUGAAAGGCUGUGCAGACUCACAUUUUUAUACUUUCCGCAUAAUCACUCAGGAAGAACGUCUUCAAAUGAUUAAACAGAUCUGUUGUGUUGCUGGUUUUUGAGGGCGCCGGCUUAAUUGCUCAACGUCACUUCGAAGAUGCCCGAACCACCACCACACAACCGAUGUUAAAUAACUUCUCAACAGUAACAUCUUCGGAGGAUGACUCAAAGUCAUGGCUGACAUCUAUUUUGCUGCAGUUCUCCGCGGUUAGCUCUACAUUUGGUCUAUCUGUUUACUUCUUCGGCUACUUACAGAAGUGAGCAGGAAAAGCUCGACUCUGAUUGGCCGUUCUCACGCACAUUUCCACUACCUUUGAACGAGUAAAUAUGCUCACAGCUGAUCCCCAUGAUCGAACGGAAAUUUAUCACGAUCAUAUAAUCGCCCAGUCCUACUCCUACUGUUUAUGAAAUAGACUUAAAUUCAAAUUGAAUGAAACGAUAUGAUGAACAGGGCCGUCAGUGACCAAAUUAAUGAUUAACACUGUAAACUUUAACACCUGAAACAGGUGUGCAGGUAUAGUUGUUAGCUGAGUGACAUGAGCAACAAUCCCUUUUUGCUUUUUCCAAAGGGGGUGCCAAAAUCUACAGAGACCGAAGUUGCCUACAGGACCUUUAAUGUAUCUUUUAGUAGUGGACUCUGAGCUGAAUAAUUUUGAAUCAAGUGUAAUUUACUUUACAAAGAAGUAAUGCAUUAGUCUCAUUAUCUAGAUUUGCACGAGAGAGGAAACCCACCAAUACUGAUAACAGUGUGACUCUUAAACUCUAUACAAAUCCUCCCUCUAAGACAAUUAUAAUGUAAAGUUGUUGUUUUUAUGUGAAAGUGAAAAGUAGGUAUAUGCUGAAUAUGUUGUUUGUGUGAAAAUAGAAAUUAAAAUAAGAUUAAGAUUUGGUCCUCUUGUAGGCAGUAAAUAUCCUCACCCCUCUGUAAGGAUGUUUUCAAGGGAAAUUGUGUAGCUGUCACUGACUGUGUAUUUUAAGUUGGGUUAUUUUUUUCGUUAUGCACAACCAGUUUACCAAACAGAGUAAUUUGUAAAAUCUCAAAAACUUAGCUUCGGUAUGUGUUCUCGUUAAACCAACAUCUGACAUUGAACUUACAUGAAGAAGCACAUCACAUGCAAUUUUUACAUGUUAUCAAUAUAUGAAAAUAGAUAGAAAAUAUUCUGCUUUCUUGUAGAUUUUCUUCAUUAUUUUGGGUGAGAAGGGAAGUGGUAGUGCCUGAAAACAGAUGACAGUUUUGUAAACUUCACACUUCUACAUCAGAUAUGUGUGCCCUUCCCUUUGUUUUGGCAACAAGACCUUUUUCAUGUAGAGAACAUGUUAUUUGCAGUAAUGAUACCUUUAUUUUUGCCUCAUAUUCGCAGAGCCACUUGAGUUUGUGUGUAGUGUGCAAACAUCUGGUAGGUCUGAUAUGUAUUAACAUGUUCAAAACUGAAACUGUGUGUUGGCGCGGGCUCUUCCUCACAGAUGACUGCACUUUAAAGAGAGGGUUAAGCUACAGGGAGAUUAUCUUGUUACCUAAGGCAUUAGGUUGAGCCACCUACACACAACUUUUUCUUCCAGAAUCAGCUUCUGUUGUACACAGACAUGCUAAAUAAAGACAAUUGCUUAGAUUAAGUAAAGCCACCAGUCUCCCUCAUGUGCUAAACUGGUUUAACCCAAUUGAGGUAUGCCUAAACAAGGUACUAAGUAUGUAGGAAUGACAAAAAUUCAAUGCUAGAAGUACAAAUUAGUUGAAAGCUGCUGGAAAGUUAAUGACCAACACAGUCCAGAAAGUUCUGUUCAGUUUAAAAUUUCCCCACAAUUCAGUUUAAUUGUAGUACAUUAAUGCACACAGCAGCUUUCAGUGGGUUGUAGAUCUUGUUUCUCAAGGUUUUUUUUUUAAUCAAAACUGUUUUUAUUUCCCUAACUGUCCUUUUUUUUUGUCCAGUGUGGAUCCGUACGGCUUUGAGCGCUCAGAGGACUUUGAUUAUGAGUCAUAUGAGGAGCUCAUGUCUGAGUAUCUGGUUGUGCUUACUCGACGAUCUAUCAAGUGGUCCAAACUGCUGAAGGGGAAAAACAAGGUGCAGAAGAAUGUAAAAUGUGAGUGUUAAAGCUGAACUUUGCCAGUAUACUCGCAGAGAGAGGGAGAGUGUGUGAAUAUGUGUGUAAACUGAAGUAAAUCUCCCUGUCGCCCUCAGUAAAACGUUAUGUUCGUAAGGGGAUUCCCAACGAGCACAGGACUCUGAUCUGGAUGGCAUCCAGCGGGGCUCAUGAAAAGCUGGAGAAGAACCCUGGAUAUUACCAGUCCAUGCUGGGAGCCCAGCACGACCCCAAACUGGUGGAGACUAUCAGCACAGGUGAGACUGUCCAAACAGUUUCUUGUUAACUCAGAUGCACACUCAGACCUCAGUAAAAGCAACAGCAUGCUUCACACUGACCCAAACUUUUUUGUGUGUGUGUCAAAAGUGGGUCAGUCUUUUGCUUUAGCUUGUACUGAAAACUUUAUCAGAUGCCUCUUGAGGGGGAAAAGCAAUUGUUGUAUCUAAACAUGAUGAAACAGUUAUCUUAAAUCAGAUCAAUCAGAUCAAAAGUUCUAGUUUUUACAUGUUGGGAUUACAAAAGAUGCAGGUCAUAUUUUGGUUUUCCAAGCUGCAAAAAUGAACAACCCUUCGUGAGUAAAAUGCAAAACUUUGACUGUAAGAUCUGCUGAGGACAUUGAAGAGUAUCUAGGAUGGCCAGCGGUAGAUUUAUAGGUAUGCUGGUGUAUCGGGUGAUAAAAAAAAACUGCACAGAGCUUUUAAGAAUUUCAAAACCCUGGAAAGUUUUCACAGCUGCAGUCAGUUUCUCCUUCUCAAAUAAAUCUCACCUCACCAUGUGUGGAGUUCACGGGACAAAACAAUCCACCAGAUAUUCGUGCCUUCAUUGUGUAUUUAAUUGUGCUAUUAACAGAACAUGUCAUCAUCUGCAGUCGCUCGGUUAAGUAUUACAAACUCUAACAACACUGUAUAAACUGUAUAUGUAUUUAAGCCUGCUGUGUUUGUUUUGAUGUAAUGUAAACUCACCAACACAGCAACAAAACUUGAAAAACAUUCUCUCACACAUGUAAUUAUGCUUACACAAGAGAGACAACAAACUGUUGAGGAUUUUGUUCAAAUACAGCCUGAAUGACUGACUGACUGCUCCAGGACUGACCUGACUGUUGUCAUACACUUAUUUAGUGUGUUUUUCUCACAGACUUGAACAGAACUUUCCCAGACAACGUUCAGUUUCGCAAGACUUCCAGCGUAUGUCUGCAGAAAGCUCUGAACAACGUGCUGCUGGCUUACGGCCACCACAACCCAUCUGUGGGCUACUGUCAGGUAAUAUUGCUGACGAUCCUGUUUGAGGUGGAUUUUGCAUCAUAUCAAUGUUUUUUUUUUAGCUUUAAUAAGGUGGAAGAUUUCAAGUUGUUCUAUGAUUCACAGCUUAUAAUGAAGUUGAGAUAAACUGUGUAGUAUUUCUCUCAGAAUACUUAUUUUUCACUUGCUUUAUGACUGAUACACAUUACAUUACAUUACAAAAAUAAGCACAGCUGACUGAAAUAUACUUCAGUUUUUGUUAGAGUAUAAAACAGAUCAGGCAUUGUGAAGUUUAGUGGGUAGAGUUACGCAUUUCCUUCCACAUGUUCACGUCAGUCUGAGAAGUAACUGCGCAAACACCCAACAUGUUAGAACCCACUUUAAGUAUAACCCACAAGCACCCAACUGUAGUCUCACUCGUCUCCUUUUUUUAGGCCCAUUUUAAUCUCUUAAAAUUAUCUUUGUUGCUUAUAGUUUCAUUUUAGCUUAUUUAUGUAGAUUUCUAUGGGUGUGCGUAAGUUUACUUUGAAAUGGUACAUCACAUUUAUAGAAACAAAUCACACAAGGAAUACAUUUUUAGGAAGAUUAGAGGGAUGUGACUAAACCUUGUCUUUGUCUUUAUACAAGUUUUCUAGUUUUAUUCACUGUGUUUUAUACUUUUCAAAUUUGUGUUUUGGACCCAUUUGGAGAGAAAACGGUUCUCCACAGGUCAUGUCUUCUCAGAAUUAAAAACUCUCAGCCUUUCUUUUAAAUGGUUCGAUGAAAUAGUUCUAUAGUAAAAGCAGCUUAGGUGGGAUUAUAGGAUUGGUGUGUAACAUGAGCGUUUUUCUCUUGUGUCUUCAGGGGAUGAACUUCAUAGCUGGGUAUCUGCUUAUUAUCACCAAAGAUGAGGAAAAAUCCUUUUGGCUGAUGGAUGCAUUACUCGGCAGAAUUUUACCAGGUGUGUGUGAAUGUGUGUGCGCAGUCAUUUGCUGUUACUCUGAUGUCAUGGCGGCAGCAGUGUUUAGGUGCUCUAGUGGUCCCCUUCUCUCAAAAAUAAACGGAUAAUGUUUAAGAGGUUACACAAGUUUUAUCUGUCCAUGGCCUCAGAAUUACUUUGUGGUUUGGUUUGCAGCUUGAACUCUGUCAAACAAGUUCAUGUUUAUACAAAUUAGAUUAUACCCAGUUUGGCAGUUGACAGAAGAAAUAAUCUGUUUUGGUAUUAGACACACGACAUGGUUCAGGAGUUCAACUGAAUCAGGCUAAUUUUAGUUUAAACUUUAAUUAAAGUUUGCGUCACAAACAGGAAUUUAUUCAAGUCCUUACGCAGUUAAUAAAAAUCAGAGCACAACUCAUGAUGGUGCGUGUGUGCGUCUGUGUGAUUCCAGACUACUACAGUCCAGCCAUGCUGGGCCUGAAGACAGACCAGGAGGUUUUGGGGGAACUGGUGAAAAUUAAAGCUCCCAGAGUCUGGCAGACCAUGGUGGAUCAGAACGUCAUGUGGACCCUGGUGGUCUCUCGAUGGUUCAUUUGCCUGUACAUAGAUGUCUUACCUGUAGAGGUGAGUGUACCUGUGUUGAUUUGUCUUACUUUGUGCAGUGAAUAGAUUCUAGAUAGAGCUUGAUUCCAGACUUCAUUAAAACAUUUACUGUAAUUCAUACAGAAUAUUCACUGGGCAGAAAAGAUUUCAGGUUUUGUUUUUUUAAAAAUACAAUAACAGCUGUGCCAAAGCACACAGAGUAUCAAUUCCUCAGCAGAGAUUUUUACUUGCACUGCUUUCAUGAAUUCAGGUAAUAAUGUCAAAAAUCUGCCUUUUAGUAAUCCUUCCCCUGAAACUUACAGUAUAAUCCAACAGUACUGUUGCUUAUUCUUUCUGUCAGCCUGGAGAGAGGUGUGGUCUGCUGUGUUUUUUCUUUAAAAACAAAUAGAGCUUCACUCAGAGGGUGUAACACAUGCAGUGGUCGAAAAUAUUCCCACUAUCUCAUGAUUCACCGGUUUCUUAUCCCAAGAUUGGUUCAGGGUUACUGCUGCAGCUGAGUUUUUUCUCAGUGUCACUUGAUAGCAGCACCUGAGUUAAAUGUGAACGACCAUCAGCACUGUUGCAGAAAAGAUGGAGGCUGUAACUUCAUAUAGACAAAGCCAAUAGUUCCUGGGGCAAAUAUCUAUUUCAAAUAUUGGCAACACAAAGAUCAUCCUCAACAACAGUGGAAAAUUGCCUCUCUAUCUCACUGGCAUUGAUAGAGAUUGGGGAAGAUUGGGGGAAAAACCAGGUGAUAUUUAUGACUGAGCACUUUAUGUUAUGGGUGAGCUUUGUGCAGGUGCACGAUUAUGGACAAAACAGAGACAUACAAACGGCACACAGGAAACAUGCAAACAAGAGCUACAGACAAACAAAAUCCAGCACCUCGCAGCAUGUUUGCACAAAGUUAAGAAUUCCCUAAGUCAAUUAGAGCGUCAACAACAAUAACACACUUGGACAUUAACACACUCAGAUGGUAUUUACCACUAAAACACCGCUGCUCUCUCUCAUUCGCUCACAACAGCAGCGGUUGAAAACAUGAGUGUAAACCUGUGUGGUUUUUUUUAUAGGCUUCAGUGCUUUUUAAUUUUAGAUAGAUAAUGAUAUGGAUAAUGGAUGGUAUUGUAAAUAACAGGAUUGUACCAUUUAUAAAAUUUCAAUUUAAAAAAUGUGUAGAAGCAUUUAAAAAAGUGACAACUGCAGCAAAAAGGUUUCUCUUUUAAGAUCAGCAAAGGGAAACUAGGUUGAACAAUAUAAAGCUGUUCAUUGUCUUGACUCAAAUUUGAAGCGUGACCAGGAUAACCUCAUACUGCAAAAUACUUUUAAGUGAUAAAAAAAACCUUUCUUGUACUUUUCAGGCUCUUACUGGUGGUCAUAAUACGACUGUUUGCUCACUAAGUCAAGAGGAGCUCAUAAAUUCUCUGUUAACUUGCAGACUGUUCUGCGGAUUUGGGAUUGCCUGUUUUAUGAGGGAUCUAAAAUCCUCUUCCGUGUAGCUUUGACACUGAUCCACCACAAUGAGGCUGUGAUCCAGCAGGCUCAGUCACUUCCAGAUGUCUGCCAAAGCUUUAAGCAGAUCACCCAUGGACCAUUCGUGGAUGAAUGCCACACUUUCAUGCAGGUAAAAGGAAACAGAAGUUUCCCAGCGUUACUUUUCGUGAUGAAUAUUGUUUCAGUUCACUGGAGGACAAAGAAGGUGUAGAGGGGAUGCCUUUGUUAUUCGCUUUCUUCAAUCCCUCGCUUAUGGUGUUUUUGUCUUUCCCAGAAAAUCUUCACUGAACCAGGAAGUCUCUCCAUGGCAACCUUGACUAAGCUUCGAGAGAAAUGUCGAUCUCGCAUCAUUGCAGAAGAAUCUUGAACCAAACACGACUACCUGCACAAAAUUAAAACAUUCCACUGGGCUCAGCACCCAGCGUCUAUUUUUGCACAUUUUUUACAGUCUUAUUUUUACACAGGCAACUUACAGUGUAAUGUCCGUCUUUAACAGAUGAUCAUACAGGUUUAGUGUAAAUAUACGGUCAGAGAUGAAGAAUAAUUAUAGCUAUGUGCUGUACUAACUUAUAAUUCCACAUGACUUUAACAUGUUAGUCUGUUUUUGUUUGUUGAUAUAUGGUACUUAAAGGGAUAUUCUGGCGUAAAAUUAAUUUAGGGUCAAACACACCGUCACAACGAGUUA